AAAACCCAUACGGUAACCCUAAUUGGUAACUGUAUGCUUACCCCGUGAUUUGACCCGGGGCUCUGCCCCAGGAGCCGCCUAUUCCCCCCAUACGGCCUCUGCUCUCAGGCAGAUCUGGCGCUGCCUCUCAUCCCCUACCUCAACCUCCUUCUUCUGCCGGUGACUAUGGCGUGGCGCCACCUGCCUGGUGCUCCCCGGCUGUCCUUCUCGCCUCGGUUCGCUCCGUCUUGUUCUUCAGGCCUACCUUCCCGGCCAUGAACGCAGGCUUCCAUAGAAUUAACCAUGUCGCGCGCCCGGCGGCAGAGAAAACAUCUAUCGAGCGGCCAAGUACUUACCUGGUUGAUUGCCCCUUAUCCAUGUUUUCUAUCCUAACCUGUAUAUCUUGCCUGGAUCUACGUGCAGGUAGAUUGUUUCUUUCAUAUCCUUCCUGGUGGUAUUCAUGGCGAUUCGUGCCUUCCUCUCGUCGUCCGUCAAGAACAACUUCUGCCCACGGCUACAAGUGCAUGGAAUGGCAGACAUGGACUUUUAUCCAGCAGACAGCACCGUCUAGGUCUGUAAAUUUGCAUGGGUUUCCUACGCAGCCAUCCAUCCAUGAUGCUAUGCAACCAGGAGUUUGUUCUAUACCCAUCAACCGCCGUGGCAGAGAAGAGCAAGACGGCGCGGAGGAAGCAUGUUUGGAUAUCAAUCGAUGCAAUACAGAAAUUAUAGAUGACAUCUUUUGUCAUUUUCUAAGUGUGCGGCUUCUGGAAGAUCCAAAUUGUUCGGUCAGAAUUCUGAAUAAUAUGGCUAAGUAUAUUAUAUAAAUAAACGAGAAACAAAGCGGGUGUACGCCAGCCUGAACAACUUUAUAAACCAAAGGAACGAGUACACAUGGGAGCCAUUACAAAUUUUUGGAGGACAGUGAAGAGAAAAAAACAGACAAGGAUCAGCUCGGGGGAAUCAUAACUAUUACAUCAAAAAUUAAGAAGAGACAAAGAGGUUGCAUUGGUGCAUCGGUAGGCCCAAAGCCUAACAUCUUCAACACAGCCUUUGGCAACAACGCAGAGGUCUUCAUCGGUACCAUUGAAGACUAGGGCGUUUCUUCUCUUCUAGAUGUUCCAUGCAAUAGCGGUAUUCAGGAGCAGGAGGUCAGCGAAGGUGAUGGAGCCAAUGUCAGCGAACUGAUGUUGGAAGAGGCCCCAAGCCUCUCAAGCUCUAGGGCAGCGAAGAGAAGGUGGUCAGUGUCUUCAUUGGAAGGGGACGUAGGCCACAAAGCAGAUGCAGACAACAUGUUUCGAAAGUGGCGCUCGUUGGUGGGGAAGCAUCAUUGCAUAGCCAGCCAGUAGAAGAUCUUACACUUCAGUGGGGCGGCACUUCUCCAGACCCUUGUCGCUUGGUCAUCAACCUGCAGAUGCGUGAAAGAAUUGGUGUAGAAACUAUUGUGGCGCAGCUUUAUGUUAGGGAUGUAUCAACGAUAGUGCUAGUCACCCAAGUCACCAACGACGAAACUAGGAAGCCUAUGGGACCCCCAGCAUUCUUCGGAGUGCACACGAUGAUCCAAGCCACUUUGCAUUGCCCGUCAUUGCAAGAUUCCUUGCCGGUCCAAAGGAAGUCGCAUCGUCUUUUAUCAAUAGCUUCAAUCGCGCCGACAGGUAGGAGGCCUGCGCUCAUGGCGUGUGCAAGCAUGACAGUCAAAAUAGAGUUGAUCAAAAGCAAGCGACCACCAAUAGGAGGGGAGCGGCCUCGCCAGCCAGAGAGUCUCAUGCCGUUCUUGGAGAUAAUGGGAUUGAAGUCGGCGAGGCAAAGUUUAUGUGUGGAAAGAGGGAAGCCGAGGUAAGUUUGAGGGAAAGAGAAGACAGCGCAGCCAAAGGCGGAUGACAUAUCCAUGGCAGUGGAGGGGUCAGUUUUAAUAGGAGCAAAGGUGCUUUUGUGGAAGUUUAUGACCAGGCUAUUGGUGGCGGUGAAUUCAUCAAGGACCAUUUUAAUAUUGGCAACAUGGUGCGGAAUAGUCCAGAUAAUGAUGAGGGUAUCAUCGGCGUAUUGGAGGAUAGACAGGGGAGAUCGUCAACCAAGGGGUGGAGAAACAACCUUUGGAGCGAUAUUAAAAAGAUAGGGGAAGAGGGGAUCUCCUUGCCGAAGCCCACGACUACAUUGAAUCCAUAUGCCAGGAUGGCAUUGAGAAGAACAACAUUUUGGGAAGUCUGUUUAAGCAUCUUGAUCCAAUCAAUAGUCAGGGAAGCCUUUGGCGAGAAGGAUCCGAUCGAGGUUUUCCCGGUGUAAGUAGUAUUGUAGCUUUCUUUUAGAUAGUUCCCUUCUAAUCUUUCUUCUUGUAAUCGAUCACUAUUUGUUUUCUUACACCGCCGCUAGUUAGCUAGAUAAGCUUCAUGUUCAUCACCUGUGUCGCCGUGUCCUCUUAUGGGUGUGGCAGACCUACAUCGUGAUAAUAGGAGAAGUAAUGCUAGUAACGAAGCACUUUAGGAUGUUGAUGUAUGCAUACGAGAUUUUUGUUUUUCUUUAUAAAGUAUAUUAUUGUUCUCAGAUUUAUAUCCAAAUAUAUGGAUUAGUUUUUCUUUUUGUGGAAUGAGCUAUGGCUGAGAUUUUCCAAUUUUAUAAAGCUCAAACGCUAAAUAUUUAGGCUGAAACCCUGAUAUUUUCAAAGUCACAGUUUUCUUGUUGUCCCUUUUACCUCUCUUUAGGGCUAUUUGUUGUAUAUAAGUUGUAUCCCGUAUACUUUAAACUUCUCCACUCAUUAUUGCACAUGUUUAGCAAUAACCAAAAUUCUUUUUUGAUAAAUAGGUAUGGUUUUCUACAAGUCAAUGUUUCGAGCUUGAUAAGAAGUAUUCCCUUCGUUUUUAUAUUAUUGUCGCAGAUUCAGAUGUAUCUAUAGACAAAAUUCAUCUAGAUACAUUCAAGUCGGCGACAAUUAAUACAUAUUUAGCAAUAACCAAAAUUCGUUUUUUAUAAAUAGGUAUGGUUUUCUACGAGUCCCAUAUAUGUUUCGAGCUUGAUAAGAAGUACUCCCUUGAUUUUCAUAUUAGUUGUCGCAGAUUCAGAUGUAUCUAUACAUAAAAAUGUAUCUAGAUACAUUUAAGACAAUUAAUAUAGAAUGCAGGGAGUAACUUGCAACAACAAGAUCCGUAAGUAUUUUUAUAUCCCAUGUUUUACAUUUAAUUCAGAAUUACUUUUGUCAGCCUCCUCAGAAUACCUCAUUUUUUCUUUACCGACGAGAGGACUGAAACAUUUGGGAUAAGCUUAAAAUAAACUUUGCUCUGUUUCCUGGUAACGAGCCUAUCAAUGUAGUAUGCGGGUACUGGCCCAUCUUCGCCCUUGAUUUACUCUGCGGCUGGGAUUUCUUACCCAAUUUCCAUUAGCCUCUAUAUAAUACAUCAUUUCUUCAGAAUCCUCAUCCCCUCUAGGGUUUAAAACUGAACCUCGCCGCCGCCGUCACAUCCCUCCGACGCCAUCGCUCCGUCCCUCGCCAGUGCGCUAGCGCCAUGGAUACCGAGAUCGUGUUGCCGGCUCACCUCAUCGGGGGGCACCCCAGCAAUGAACUGCUGGUGACCAAGUUCGAGCUGAUCCGCCUGCUUAUCCUCGAUAUGAUGGAAGUAACCAGCGACCCGGUCUACCAUAGGCGCAUCCACCAGAAGGGCGCUACAGGAAAGAUUUCAGUCGUCAGGGGGGCUACUGGGGCUCCAAGCCAGCAGGUCUCCAAGCUUCUCAAGGACUGCAAAACUAUAACUGAUGAAAUCAUCACCAGCGGCGCAGAAGCAAUGGCAACCCCACAGCCAAUUGAUGCAUGGGUCAAGGAGCAGGCUCGAAAGGGAACCCUUAGCUACCCUCAGAUCUAGGUUAUGGAUCUGUAAUGAAUGCUAAAUCCUGUGCUAUUUCUGAGACUGAAUCAUUCUGGCUAUGGACCUGUAAUUUACGGAUAUGAAGUUUUGGAGUUAUCUUCUUAAUCAGUUGUUCUCAAUGUACAAAAAAUUCUGGAGCUUUUAUCAGUGUAGUGGUGUCUCACCUGGUCGCCCUGGAAAGAAUGUUUAUUGGUCUACUUGAUACAUCGCAGUAGAGAUUUUUGUGUCAUCCAUUUGAAGUAGAGGAAGAUGAAAUGGAAUAAAAACUUGGCAUCUUAGUUCUCA